UUGUGGCCAGAGACUACUGGGUUAGGCUGCAGGUUCCCCUGGGAUCCUGUACAGUAUAAGUACUAUAGAAAAUUAAUGAGUGAUUGAAUUAAUUAAUAAGUUUCCUUCCACAAUCCAAAGAUUAGAUUAACUGGUGUCCCCAAAUUGCCCACAUGGGCAUUGUAUGCAUGUGCCCUGCAAUGGAUUGACACCAUGUCCAGGGUGUAAACUGCCUCAUGCCCGAAGAGUCCUGGGAUAGGCUCUUUGCGACCCCAGAAUAAAAGGAUGAAUAAAUGAAUGAAUGAAUAAAAACAGCACAAUAACUCUUGAGAGAUUAGGGUUCUUUGGUUGAUUUUGCUUAAAAUAUACAAAGUUCCAAUUGCACAUCACUUUAAUUAGGUGUGUAUCAUGACUUGUGUAGGGGUUCAACUCUUUUACAGUGGAGUGGCCCAUUUCUCAUUUUUAGGAGGUAAGCUCCGCCCACCACAGUACAGUUGAACCAAUAGAAAGUCCGCGCAUGCGCACAUUGCACAGCGCGUCCAGAACAUGGCAAGAUAACAGUGUGGGUCACACAGCAACAGCGGCUGCUAAUCAUUCUGGUAAAGUGCAGAAUGUCAUAACGCCCUUUCAUGGCUCUGAAAGUGGUACGCAGGCUGCGUGUGCUAAAGCAAGUGGCUGUUCCUCACCUUGUCUGUCCAACCACUCUGAAUGCGUGUCUUAAACAACAUGUUUGCGCUCCGGCCGUUACCUUAUCUCAGGACUUCCGUCCUUCUCUCUCUGCAAAAGAAGGAAAUCAUCGGAGAACAAGGCGGCUAAGCACCACAACCCGUGAGCCUCUCUUUCUUGUGGCCGGAUCCAUCCGGCUUCCCCGUGAUGCUUCAAGAGGAGGAGCUCUCACCUCUCUGUUGCAUGGCCUGAGUGCUGAUGAGAAACGUGCGUUUAAAGGGCUCCUUUUCUCCUGCAUGACUUCUCAACAAGUGCUGCACCUUGUGCACCUCACCCCACAUCUCACGAAUGCAGGUGCUGUUGCUGUUCUGCACAGACUGGCUGAUCUGGAGCAGAAUGGAGGUAGAGGACUUAAAGAGCCAGAGGUGCUGCUGUCUGAUCCGGGUUUGAACAGGAUUUGUCUAAGGUUACAGCAAGAAGCCGGUGAGCUAGAAGAUGAGGUGGUGGUUAGAGCUCUGCUGGGCUGUACACGUCUUUAUCUAGACCCACACAGUCACUUGGUGACGAGAUUGAUGUCCGAGACCCAGGUACGGCUAAACACGGGUCACUUGAGCAUCGAGACUCUGAGUAAUUUAGUGCAAGCACUUUUCGCACUAAAUGGGCCGAACUGUUGCAUUCUUGAGCAAGCUGUGUGCCAGAUCCAGAACAAAGAUCCAGCUCAAUGGAAUCCAAGUGAACUCACCUCUGUCUAUAAAAUGCUAGCUUCAGGUUUGGGUUUAGGAGGACGUUACCAGGAACUGCUGAACGAAAUUAAUGCUCGAGCGCUCCGACUUGCCUCAAAAAUGGACCGUGUAACAGUCAGCGAAACAUUAGGAGCACUUGUCAUGCUGGGCCAAAAGCAGGCACUCCCGCUGGUGAUCGCUUUAUGCAAACAGGCUGUGCGUCACGUGCCGAACUUUGCGGAUACCGAACUGUCGGUUGUAUUGUCUGCACUCAUGCACUAUGGACAUAGCGAUCACUUUCUCGUCGAGGCUCUGGAGCGCCACGUACCAAAAAUAGCCUUUACUGCUCACCCUGAGACAGUAACCAGGGUAAUGCAAUAUUUUGGGCGACGGCGCAUUUUUUCUCCACCGGUUUUUGAUGCAGUGGCCGAAAGCUUUGUGUACAGGGCUGAUGAGUACACAACGGAACAGAUGUCAAGGCAGAUAGUGGCGCUGGGAGCAGUGGGAUACAUACCUCAGGAGGCUGGACGGCUUUUCCGGAAGGUGGAGUCUGUCUUGAAUGCACGUUUUUCGCAAUUUCAUCCGCGAACACUUCUUGCGCUGUUGCACGCUUGUACGCUUUUACAGAGAUUUCCGCUCAACUUUGUCUCAAAGGUCUUCAGCCCAUUUUUCCUACAGGAGCUUCAGGAUGGCAGUGUGAUGGAUCAGGCGGUGCUGGCUCAGCUUACACAGCUCUACAUGACAAUGAAACUGGAAUGUCCAUUCUAUCGGGGUCCACAAUUUUUACCUAAGCUGCGUGUGAAGUCAUUUCUGGCUCCUGGAUCUUCUUUGGAGAGCCUGGUGGACCCUCAGCUUUACAAUGGGGUGAAGAGCGGCUUGGUGGAUUUGCUGGGGGGUCGAACUUACUUUGCCUCCAAAGUCCUUACACCAUACUGUUACACACUUGAUGUGGAGAUAAAACUGGAUGAAAAUGGCUACGUCUUACCUGCCACACAUGUUGAGGAAAUAUAUAAAAGAAUUGCUUUAUGCAUUGAUGGACCAAAGCGCUUUGCUGCUAAUGCCAGACACCUUCUGGGAAAGGAGGCUAUCAAGCAGCGACACCUAAAGAUUCUGGGAUAUGAAAUUGUUCAGAUUCCCUAUUUCGAGUUUGAAAAACUAAAGGACAAAGCAAACAUAGUCGAGUACCUGCACAAGAAGAUUUUCCCUCACACGUACCGACUCAGCUGGUGAUCACAACUUUUCCACAUGCAGCAGGUUUCAUGCCAGCCUCACUUCCUCAAACAUCUGCAGAAUACUUUUUCCUACCUGGUUUAUAGUUAAUGUAAUUUUUUUAAAGUGAAGUGUGCCUUGUGCUUUAUUAAUUUAUGUUUAAAUAAAGGAAAAGGACCAUGGUGCUUUUAAAAUGUUUUUUGUCAUUUAUCAGAUAACACAUAAUAUAAAUUCAGUUCUGGUUUUACCCCAUUUACAUUUAAAUAUGUGGAAUAAUUUGCUUCUAUGGCAUGACGUUAAAUAAAAUUAAAAGAAUCUGUAAAUAACUCUCAGGAGAAUU